UAAUAUACCGUAAUAAACCUAGUAUAAGUUUAUUUUAUUUCAGGAUUAGGCUCUGUAAGGAGCGUGGAACCCGACGCUGCAUCGCCCACUCCGGGGGUCCGAGGAGGCUCGGCAGUACGCGUCGUCGCCCGUGUCCUCACAACACGGUCCUAUGUUGUGUACCGUAAAGCUGCCGUCAGAAACCCCCGCUGUACGGUGCAUUAUGGCGCCAAGCCCCCCGAUCCUGGAUCUAUGGAUCCUCUGGUGACCCGCGGGUCCUCCGUCGGUCCGCGUCACACACGAACCGGUCUGCGGAGAUGAGGGGGAGCCGCGACGGUUCUGUUUACAUCCCGUCCGUGUGGGCCGGAAGCUAGCCAGGCUAACGUGCUAGCUUUGGAGCGAAGCUAACCAGGCUAACCUGGGGCCAGCAGUUAGCCACGGAGCAACGCUAACCGAGCUAACUCGGUGCUAGCUUUAGCCUCCGUGAUAGCUGUUAGCCUCCGUGAUAGCUGUUAGCCUUCGUGCUAGCUGUUAGCCUUCGAGGCUAGCUGUUAGCCUCCGAGAGAAGCUAACCCAAGGCUAGCGCUCUGCCAGCUGUCAGAGGGGUCGUCAGCGCUGGUCUUUCAGCCGCAGCGCCGGAUGAGACCCGAGCUCCAUCUCAACCGUCUCGUACCAGCAGGGACCAGCUAGAGGGCGCCAGCCGCCAGAGACAUGGAUCUGUCGACGGGCUUCAGCGUCAGCCCCCUGCCCCGCGGUCACACCGAGGCCAUGGACCUGGUGAAGAGACCCGAGUGGUACCGCCGCCACGCCGUAACCCGCAGCGCCGACGGCAGCUCCCCACUCAGAGCCCGGCUCAGAGCGGACGGCAGCAGGCCCGACGGCGGCCACGUCCUUCCACUGCGGCCCAAGAUGGAGGAGGCGGGCCUCCAGGACGCCGCAAUGGAUUGUAGGACUGCGGCGCCGCAGGGCCGGGGCCUCUUCCACGAGAGCGUCCACGGGCGGCUGUGGCAGGCGGGCUUCUACCCCACGGAGACCGCCGCCGCCGUGGACAGCAGCUCGGGGACGGACAGCGACAGCGGCUCUGACGUCAUCUUCCUGCUGUCAGCGUCCAAGGACUCGGCGGCGUGUAGCUCCGUCAGCGGGGGGAGCGUCAGCCCGGCGGAGGGGGCGGAGCUCGCGCUGGACAGCGAGGGGCGGGGCUGCUUCCUGCUCCCCUCAGCGCUGAGUUCGGCCAGCGGCGAGAGCUCGUGCUCGUCGGACUCGUCGGACAGCGUGAUCCCGGAGCGCCACGCCCGGCCGGUGGUGCUGCUCUCCGACGUCACCGUCCGCUACGGCCACUACUCGGAGUCGCCCAUCAACAUCUCUAGCGACGAGGACAGCGUCGCCCUGGAGGAGGCGGCCGGCGGCGGUGAACCGAUGCUCCGCGACUCUGAGGACAGCGGGUCCGAUAAGGGGAGCGUGUCGGGCCAAGCGACGGUCGGGAGUGAGCGCGGCGACCUGCGGCGCAGCCCCAGGAUCAGGAUGGCGGCAGUCCCCGUGGCGACGGCGGCGGAGUUCACCUGCAGAGUGUCGCAGCACAACCUGAGGAGCCAGGUGAAGUGUGGGUACGAGGAGGUUGAGGACACGGAGGAGGUGAUGGACUACAUCAACGGGGUCGCCUCUUCCUCCUCCUCGUCAUCGGAGGAGGAGCAGGAGGACCAGACGGAGGCCCCCCCGCGGCCGAAGCUCCAGCGCAAAACACGGACUCCAAGGUGUUCUUCGGACGACUCUUCCGACAACUCUUCCGAUAAGUCGUCCGAUAACUCGACGGAUUCAGACGAUUGUCGGAACGUUCGGCAGCCCUCUGAAUCGGCCCGCAGUAGAACGCGGCGUUCAGAACGAGCGUGCCUCAAAUCCCCGCCACAGACCCCCCAAGACGCCAAACAGGUCGUUAGGACCACGCGGUCCCGACCCUCCCCUCGGCCCACGCUGCCCGCCGCCAGGAAGGCGGCGCCGAGGAAAACCGUGGCGGGGAAACGGCGGCGACCGCGGAAACGCCGUCGUCCCAGCAGCCCGCCCCCGCUGUUCGCCCCCGGGGAGCCGGACCUCCUGCUGAAGUACACCCAGCCCCGGGAGGGGAGGAGGAGGAGCCAGACCGACCACUACCAGCCCUUCAUCCACGUGGGGAAGAGGAGCUGCACGGUGGUGAACCAACAGGAGGAGGAGGGCGGCGGCCCCGGGGCCCUGCCCGGCCCUGUGCCCGGCACCUCCUGCUACCGGUUGGGCCGGCUGGGCCCCCGGAGCAGGGGCCGCCCCCCCGGGGCCUGCUGCCUCUGCGGCCGCUCGGCCAAUGCCCUGGGCCUGGGGGACCUCCACGGACCCUACUACCCCGUGGCCCCGCUCCCCCAGGGGGGGGUCCCACCGCGCCGCUCCUCCCCCCGGCUGGACACCGUUGGGCCGGAGAGGUCGACGCCCACAACGGACAACGCCGAACGCACGCCGAGAGUGAAGACAGAACGAAGCGAGAUCCACGCGUGUGGCGGUUUGUGUCCUGCCGCCGAGGGCGACCGUGUCCAUGGUGGGGAGGAGGAGGAGGAGGGGGGAGGCGGCGGUGGUGAUGAUGAGGACGACCGGUCCUCCGUCAUGACAGCGGACUCCCCUCGCGUUCCCACGGAGGCGACGCGGCGGCCGGAGGAGUGGUGGGUCCACGAGGACUGUGGCGUCUGGGCCACGGGAGUGUUCCUGGUCCGGGGCCGGCUCUACGGCCUGAAGGAGGCGGCCAGGGGCACCAGGGACGUGGUGUGCUGUGAAUGCCAUGAGUCGGGGGCAAUUAUGGGCUGUUUCCAGAAGGGCUGCAGUCUGAACUACCACUACCGAUGUGCCAUCAGCUCAGGUUGUCUUCUAAAUGAGGAAAACUUCUCCAUGAAAUGUUCCCAACACAAGAACAAGGUGUUGACAAGGGCAGCUCAACCCCGCCUCCGGAGAUGACCUCAGGGACCGCCCACUCAUCAGUGGUAACACCGGCUAGCAUGUUGACCUGAGCGGGCUGCCCACUUCCUGGUGAGAAGAGGAAGUCCAGUACAAUAAUGACAUUCAUAUUGUGAUGAAGUAUAUGACAACUGUCUGCCUCCCUGUUAAACACACAGGCUGCUAUACCACCAACACACACUGUGUGUGUGUGUGUGUGUGUGUGUGUGUGUGUGUGUGUGUGUGUGUGUGUGUGUGUGUGUGUGUGUGUGUGUGUGUGUGUAUUUGCUUGUGUGUGUGUUUGUAUGUAUGUGUGUGUGCAUGUGUUUGUGUGUGUAUGCGUGUGUGUUUCGCACGGAUGUCCUGAGAGACCCCGUUUGUAUCCCCGAAGCCCUUCACCCAUAGUUCCCAGUGAGUCACUGGUCCCCAUUGAGGCCCAGCUAGUGGUUCACACUCUUCACACGCAGCUUUGGUCAGACACAGUCCACAGGGCAGUAGACGACCAGCAGGGGGCGCUAAUGCAUCACUGGUGGGUGGUGUUGCAAGAUUGGGCAAGAUUUCCUGCCCAACUGGUGGCACUGCUGGUGGGGAGCAGGCCAUAGAAUGAGCAGCUCCAUGAUCUAGGAACCGGUCCAGUAUCACGACUUUAUUGAAAAAAGAAGAAUGUUUGCCAUCCAAAGAAUCUAUUGUUUAUAUAAAGUAUAUAUUGUAUAUUGUUAACACCCAUAAGCAUCUGCGAGUUAAUAAAACAUUGUGACUUACUUCCUGUCCUCAGCGGAGGCUUGUGAUUGGUUAUCUCGGUCGCCAGUCAUCUAGAAAUGUCUUGAGGUCUUGAGGAGCCAGAUUGCCGUGAUAUUGAUCCCUGUCCCCGUUGACCUGUGACCCCAUGCAGAACACCUUCCGGGACUCUGCAGGCUACUGAGUGAGUGACGGGCGACAGACAACCUUGCUCUCUGAUCCACACUGCAGUUUGUUUCCUGCAAGUCACUUUGUACUAUUUAUUACACAUUAAUUUGUGGAACUUCCUUGUUUGGAUAAUUUGUGUCUGCACAAUGAACUGGAUUCUGUGUUAUUUAUGCAAUUUAUGUAAAUUAAAUUAUUAACUAUUCUUUAAAAGAU